UCGAGUGUCAGGUUGUGGGCAGUCUUUGAGCGCGGACGAAGUGUGGGAGGCCAACGGGUCCUCCCCAGCUGUCAGUGGAGUCCCUGGCGCUGCUGGAGCAAUGCGACUCCUCUGGGCGGUCGGAUGCUUUGAUCGCCUGAUUGCCCGCCGUUUCUCCUCGGUGGCUCGGCGCGGAGAGCGGCCUGGCGGGGAGGAGCUGAGUCGCUUGCUUCUGGAUGACCUGGCGCCGGCCCAGCGGCUGGAACGUCUGUUUGGCCUGUCCCCAUGCCUCCUGGCCUUGCGGGCCGCCCGCCGGCGCGUGGCCCGGCUCCUGCUCCAGGCCGGUAAGGCUGGGCUGCAGGGGGAGCGGGCCGAGCUGCUCCGGGUGGCCGAGGCUCGGGGAAUCCCUGUCUUGAGGCCCAGGCGUCAGAAACUGGAUGCCUGGUGCGGCUACCAGGUGCACCAGGGCGUCUGCAUGGAGGUGAGCCCGCUGCGACCCCGGCCUUGCGAUGAGGUGGCAGACACGAGCUCAGGCGACGACCCUCAGCAGCUGUGGCUCGUCCUCGAGGGGCUCCAGGAUCCCCGCAAUCUUGGGGCUGUGAUGCGCUCCGCUCACUUCCUCGGAGUAGACAGGGUCAUCACCAGCCGGAGAAACAGCUGUCCGCUUACUCCAGUAGUCAGCAAGGCCAGCGCUGGGGCUAUGGAGGUGAUGGACGUGUUCGCCACUCACGACCUGCCCGGUUUUUUGCAGGCCAAGGCCCAGCAGGGAUGGCUGGUGGUGGGCACAGUGGGCUGCCCAGGUCCUGAGGUCUCCCAGUCCUUCAAGGUCCCCAUCACUAGCUGCUUAGAAUUCGUCUGGGACCGGCCUACUCUCCUGGUGCUGGGCAAUGAGGGCUCUGGUCUGUCCCAGGAGGUUUUUGCCUCCUGCCAGCUGCUCCUUACCAUUCUGCCCAGACGGCACCUGUCUCCUGGUCUUGAGUCCUUGAAUGUGUCUGUGGCUGCAGGAAUUCUUCUACACUCCAUUUGCAGCCAGAAGAAGGAUUUCCCUGCACAGGAGAAAGGACAACUUCAAGACUCCUGAGAACCCUUAGCUACGUCUGAAGGACUCAGAGAAGCCCAGUACCCAGGACUACCAUUGUGGUCAGAAAAGCAGGCCAAAUGCGGGCUGACAGACUGAGAUGCUCACAUGUAGGAACUGGAAUGAGUCUCACAUCCAUCCUCAGGCUUGGAUGUAAUGGGCCCUCUACGUGUGAGAGCCUAAUUACUGGCUACCGUCAGGAGACUUUAGAAACCAAAAGUUUUAUAUCCAGUUGGAAAUGGUAGUUUGCUAGUUUCCAGGACAGGUUAGGACAGUCAGUAUCUGUCCUGGAUCCCACUAAAAGUCAGGGGCCUGUCGUGACAUGCGGAGGAGCCAGGCAGUCCAGUGCAGGAUGUAUGGAAUGUGAGGGUGAGUUUGUAGAGUGAAGCUGAGUGGACAGGUACAUAUCUCAGAGUGAUGCCAGAUCCUGUGAACCCUUAGCAGCUGAGCUGUCAUGCCCAGUCUCUCCAUUAGGUGGCAGUCUUGCUCUUUGUACCAUGGUUUUGUAGCCCCUUUGCAGGGAGACCCCUCUCUUUGUGGGGAUGGGGGACGGGGGAUUAGAGAUAGGGAAAAUAGCCAACAGCUUCCAGACACUGGCCAGUCCAGCCCAGUGGAGGAAACCUAUGACCCCAGGCCCUUGUUGCCUUUGAGUCUGAGAGUCUGUGAAGUCAGGGUCACUUGCGCAACCCCAUUAGGCUUGAUCCCCCUCCUCCAGGGUCCCACGGGUGGAGCAGAAGUGGUAUUGCCGAGCAUUGGUCUCACUCUGGGCUGCAUGUUGGCACACCUAAUAAGCUUUAAAGAAACAAGGCCAACACAGCAGCUACUGUGUGCUCCUGGGAAGGGCAGGAACAUCCUGGGCAGUACAAUUUUUUUUUUUUUUUUUUUUUUGAGACAGGGGUUUAAUAUACCUAUAGUUUCCUACAACUUGCCAUUUAGCUGAGGACUACCUUGAACUUUUGAUCCUCUUACCCCACUAUGCCCAAUUUAAAUGCUGCUGGGGAUAGAUCCCAGAGCUUUGUGCAAGCUGGACAUUCGCUCUACCAACCAAGCUACAUCUGAGUCCUAGGCUGGAUAACUCUUUGUUGUAGGAACUGUCCUGAGCAUCGUGAGAGGUAUCCACUAGAUGGCAGGAAGUCUGCACCCCAUCUCGCAUUAUGAAACCAAAACUGUCUUCACACAUGGCCGGAUCAUCUCUGACCGACAGCCCUGAGUGUGGGAUGGGAGGACAGCAGCCCUUGAAUUGUAAUCCUGGAUGCUGUGAGAGUUGAGAUGAGUUGACUCUGCGCCUUCUUUAUAUCCUUGGAAGAUGUAUAUAGUAGGUGCUCAAUAAAUAAAUGAACACUCCUUUCCUCUGAAACCUCCCUGGAGUUGAUCUGUAGGAGCCUAAGAGCUAUGUUUACUUACUACAGAAUUUGAAUCUGUUUA